AUGAUUCGUCACAUUGUUGGAAGUGAAGAUCGGGAAGAUCUUCUUCCUCGUCCUGAAUCUAAGUCUAAAGAUAUUGAACUGCAACCGUUUACCGAACAGACCAAUGCUGCCGAUCCUUCAGAAGAGAUGAAAAGACCAUCGAGUACAUCGGAUGUGGUUCAUUUGAUUCUUGAUGGCCCGGAUAAUCCUUCGGAUGAACCUCCGAGAUUCCACAGUGAAAUUCUUCAGAGACUCGAGGAUAUUCCGAGAAGAUUAUCCCUUGAAAUCCCUUUCAAAGUAAGGGUAUUAGUUAUUUUGGGAUAUUACCUGUUUUGGCUUUUGAUUUUACGAUCGACAUUGUCAUCGUAUCUUGGAAAGGUACCGUAUUCGACAGAUAAAGGUGGAGAAAAGACCAAAAUACUGUCGUUGGCUUGUGGAGAUGAAAAGCGGAUCUGGAAAGGUCAAAACGAUGCCUGUGGUCUUAAUUCCAGAGAUUGCAGCCCGAGAAGUUUAGAUAUACCUUCGGAAUUGAUAAUAAGAUGUCCGGCUUUGUGUGAUAUUGGCUCCAUAACGUACGGUGCCAGAGAAGUUGGUGACCAAACUGUACGCUACGAGAACUUUUACGUUGGAGGAGGGUCUGACGACGGUGAUGCUUAUACCUUACCUUAUCGAGCAGAUUCUUUUCCUUGUGGAGCGGCCGUUCACGCGGGUGUUGUGUCUCCUAUUUUUGGAGGAUGUGCUAAAUUGGAGUUUACGGGACCUCAGUUCCACUUUGACAGUGUUCAACCAGUUCAUAGCUCUAUGAGCAAGUCCACGAAAUUUGAUAGCUUUUUCCCGCAGUCUUUCAGAUCGCUUCUUUGGUAUCCUCUUUUCUGGCUUGGCAUGCUUAAUAAUGUUACUUUUGAUCGAUUGGCCGUCGAUCGAUUCACUCUAAAGGAUAUAGCAGCUAUGCCUGGUUCUGUCACUACCACUAUUCUUCUUCUUCUACUUAUUCUGACUGGAACAGUUAUUCAAGCUCAUCAAUUGUGGAAAGCGGGUAGACUACGAAAUUACAUUAUUGGAUAUUGCACGUUGGGUUUAUCAAUCAUUGGUUUAUCACAUAUUCAUGGUCUUCAGCUACGUAUUCAUCAUUAUAUCAUUGGCUUGGUCCUUAUUCCAGGUACAAAGACCAGGGGUUACACAGCGUUUCUCUUCCAGGGACUACUUUUGGGACUCAUCGUAAACGGUGUGGCUCGAUGGGGAUUUGCUUCCAUUGAAGAAACCAACCUAUCACUUCUAAGAGACGAUUCUGCCGGUAGAGCAGAGCCACCGUCAUUUUUAGGCUACACAAAAAAAAAUAACAGUAUUACUUGGACUGAAGUGGAAUUUCCCACCACAAAUAAGCAGACAGAGAAACACCCGGUACUAUAUUCGGUGUUAAUUAACGACGUUGAGGUCUAUAAAGGACCGGAUGUCAGCAUCAACAUAGCCGAAUUGACCAAGAAUAACACGGAAUUCGGAACUCUACUAACACAGGCUGUUGGAUAUCAUGAAGAGGUUCAAGUGUAUAUAAGGAUUGCGUCGUUGGGCCGGAAAGGAGAUCAGAGAAGCGGGUACUGUGAUGCAGAAACGAUGGAAAUUACCCAAUCUCAGCUUAAGAUUUCUCGUUGA